AUGCCCUACAAAUCCCGCUGGACAAUCGACAUCCCAGACACCCAUCUAGCAUCUCUCCUCCUUAAAUCCCCCACAGCCCCCCUAUCCAAAACCCACAAAUGCUACCUAGAAGCAGCCCGUCCAGAAACCCACUAUCUAACAACCCAUGACUUGCGCCUCUGGAGCCAACGGCUCGCAGCAGGCCUGUGCAAAGCAGGUCUCAAACAGGGAGACCGCAUCCUGCUCUUCUCAGGAAACGACCUCUUUUUCCCGGUAGUCUUCAUGGGCACGAUCAUGGCCGGCGGCGUCUUCACCGGAGCAAACCCAACCUUCGUAGCCAGAGAACUCGCCUACCAACUCCAAGACAGCGGCGCCACAUACCUCCUCUGCGCAACAGCAAGUCUUGAGACAGGCCUGGAAGCCGCUAAACAAGCAAACCUCCCCUUAUCCAGCGUCUUCGCUUUUGACAGCCGUGUCUACGAUGGCCAUACAUCCCCACCACCAAACUGUCCCUGUCCCUAUUGGAGCAACCUCCUCGCAUCCCCCGAAGAAGGCACAGCCUUUGCCUGGGAUGAGCUCAACACAUCCUCUCUCGCAUCGCGCACCCUAGCAUUGAACUACUCAAGCGGGACAACGGGCCGCCCAAAAGGCGUCGAGAUAACCCACAAGAACUACGUCGCCAACAUGCUGCAGUAUUGCCACCUGCCCUCUCUAAAUCCAGACUACGAAGGUCGUCUGUCUCGUGCACGCUGGCUGUGCUUCUUACCUAUGUACCACGCAAUGGCGCAGAAUAUCUUUAUUGCGGCUGCUUUGUACCGCGCUACGCCGGUUUAUAUCAUGCCUAAGUUUGAUUUCGUGCGUAUGUUGGAGUAUACGCAGCGCUUCCGCAUUACGGAUUUCAUUCUUGUGCCGCCUGUUGUUGUGGCGCUUGCUAAGUUUCCUCAUGUUAGAGACUUUGAUCUCUCCAGUGUUGAGUCUGUUGGCAGUGGGGCUGCGCCGCUUGGGAGAGAGGUUUGUGAGGUUGUUGAGGGGUUGUGGCCUGCUGGGAAGAUCAAUGUUAAGCAGGGUUGGGGAAUGACUGAGGCAACUUGUUCGGUCCUUGGUUGGGAUCCGACAGAGACCAGUACCUCUGCUUCUGUCGGUGAGCCUAACCCCAACUGUGAGGCGAAGAUCGUGAUGCCAGACGGCACUGAGGUGUUGGAGCGUAACGAGCGUGGCGAGCUGUGGGUGCGGGGACCGAAUAUCAUGAAGGGUUACUGGCGCAACGAGAAUGCCACCAAGGAUACGCUGACCGACGAUGGCUGGCUGCGAACGGGUGAUAUUGCCUAUGUGGACGAUCGGGGGAAAUUCCACGUUGUGGAUCGAAUGAAGGUAUAUUCCGGGGAGCAAGAGAGAAGAGAGAAAAAGGACAAGACUAAUGAAAUGCAGGAAUUGAUCAAGGUCAAGGGUAACCAGGUAGCGCCCGCCGAACUUGAGGCUCUGUUACUCGAUCAUCCAGCCGUGGCAGACGUCGCAGUGGUCGGAGCUCUCAUCAAUAAUGACGAGCGUCCUCGGGCAUAUAUCGUCCUAAACCCGGGCCAAUCUGCUACAGCCAACGAUAUCACGCAGUUCAUGGAUGGCAAGGUCUCCGCGUUCAAGCGGAUUACAGGCGGAGUGGUAUUCCUCGAUGCGAUACCGAAGAAUCCAUCGGGCAAGAUCUUGCGCAACAAGUUGCGUGAGCAGGCUAAGGAGGAAUUGAAGCCUACGGCGAAGCUUUAG